AUGUCCUCCUCCCCGGCCAACCCGCCCUUCACCCACGCCCUGCUCGCAGGCGGCGCCGCCGGCACGACGGUCGACCUGGCCCUCUUCCCCCUCGACACGCUCAAGACGCGCCUGCAGUCCUCGGAGGGCUUCUUCGCCUCGGGCGGGUUCAGGGGCAUCUACCGGGGCGUUGGGUCCGCGGCCCUCGGGUCCGCGCCCGGCGCCGCCUUCUUCUUCUGCACGUACGAGGCGACCAAGUCGGCGCUGGCCGAGGCGCGGCGGGCUGGCGGUGGUGGUGGUGGUGGUGGUGGGGCGGUGGACCACAUGCUCGCCGCGUCCCUGGGCGAGGUCGCCGCCUGCGCCGUCCGCGUGCCCACCGAGGUCGUCAAGCAGCGCGCCCAGGCGGGCCAGCACGGCGGCUCCUCGCUGUCGAGCCUGCGGGCCAUCCUGGCGCGGCGCGCAGAGGUCGGGCUGCCCGGCGUGUGGCGCGAGCUCUACCGCGGGUGGGGCAUCACCAUCCUGCGCGAGGUGCCCUUCACCGUGAUCCAGUUCCCGCUGUGGGAGGCCAUGAAGUCGUACUCGCGCGCCAGGAAGAGCCAGGGCGGCGCUGGUGGUGGCGGUGCGGCGGGGACAACAAGCACGGCAGACGUCAGCGCCGCCGAGUCCGCGCUGUACGGCAGUGUGUCUGGCGGUGUGGCCGCCGCGGUCACCACGCCGCUCGACGUGCUCAAGACCAGGGUCAUGUUGAGCACCGAGCGCCAGAGGGUCUGGGACAUCGUCACGGGUAUCCUGCGGCAGCACGGUGUGCGGCCCUUCUUUGCGGGCAUCGGCCCGAGGGUCAUGUGGAUCAGCAUUGGCGGUGCCGUGUUCCUGGGUAGUUACCAGUGGGUCAUCAACUCCCUCGAGCGUGGCACGGUAAGAAGAGCCGAGUCCACUUCACCUUGA